AUGGGAGUUGUUGAAAAGUUAGACAACUAUCUUGGUCUUCCUCUUCUUGUUGGUAAAAGGAAGUCUUUAGAUUUUAAGGAUAUGACUAACCGUUUCUCAUGCAGGAUCAACAGCUGGUCUAAGAGGCUUCUCUCAUAUGGAGACAAAGAAAUAUUCAUCAAAGUAAUUUUACAAUCACUCCCAACUUAUGCUUUUUCAAUUUUCCUUGCUCCUAGGGGUGUUUUAGAGGAUAUGCAAUCCAAGAUGAGUCGGAUGUGGUGGACUAGCAAAGAGAAAGGAAAGGCUGUGGAAAAACCAUCCUACACUUGGUCAAGUAUUAAUGCUACUGCCAAAGCUCUUAAAGAUGGCUUCGAGUGGAAAGUUGGAAAUGGACAAAGUAUCGACAUCAGAAGAGAUAACUGGGGCUUUGAAAGCUUAAACGGUGACACGUUGAACCCUAAUGUUCUAAAUUUGCAUGAAAGAAAGGUUAGAGACCUAUGGAGCAUUGACCAGUGGAGUUGGAAUAAAAAGAGGGUGAGGGAGCUUUAUGACAGGUUUAUGGGGGACCAAAAUUUCAAUUUAUCUCUUAAUGGUAAAGAGUCGAAUGAUAGGGUGGUUUGGUUUCACAACCCUUCUGGCUUCUACACAUCUAAAACAGCGUACUCUUGGCUCCUUCUCAGACAAAUGGGUUUUGGCCCUCAUAGAGCCUAUUGGAAAAUUAUUUGGAAGCUUAACACACUCCUGAAAAUCCAUGUCUUCACAUGGCGUGUGGGUCAUGAGAUCCUCCCCACGAACGAUAAAAUUGCUUCUAUUCACCAUGGCUUCUUGAAAGACUAUACGAGAUACAGUGCGAGUGCUGAAACACUUAUCCAUGCACUCAAAGAUUGCCCAAAUGCCAGGACCAUUCUUACUGUUGGAGGGUUUGAAGAAAAUUGA